UCCAACAACAACAACAAGUCGACAAGUUUUCUAAACUUGAAGACAUAGUCACCACCUUUGUGAGUACAAGCUCUUAGAAGUUCGAGAAGAUUGAGCAAUUCAUGGAUGUGGCAACCUCCAAGUUUACAUCGGUUGAGGCAGGACUCUGAAGUCAUCAAGCAAGUCUCCAGAAUUUGGAAGUGCAAAUCGACAAUCUUGUCGGGAUCCUCGUUGAGAGACCAAAGGAAGCCCUACCCUCUCAAACCAUUGCAAACCAUAAGGAUCAUGCUGGGGUGAAUGAAAUUCAAUUGCGAAGUGGGAAGGUGACUCCGGAGGUCGUGGCCAAAGAAGUGAACGAGAAGGAAGAACCUCUACAAGAGGGUGGAGAAGAAGAAACCUCGGGAGAAAAGAGACGAAUGGCGAGGAAGGCAUCGCCAACGCCACCUCCAGUGGCUGAGUACACGCCACCCCUGCCAUUUCCCCCGAGGGUGCACAAGGAAAGAUGGGAAGCGGAAUGUGGAGGUUUCAUGGAGAUGCUCAGGAAACUCCACCUUAAGAUUCCCUUCCUUGAAGCAAUGGCCCACAUGCCAAGGUAUUUGAAAUACCUCAAGGGGCUUCUCUCCAAGAAGCCGAAGUACGAAGACCUCGCCAAUGUGGUAUCCCUGUGCCAGGUCUUUGUGAUUAUGUAUUUUGAGUUGUGUCGUGAUCGGUAGUAGAUACGGUGGAGUAGGUGGAGUCAAAAUUUUCCAGUAAUGUCCUGUUUUCACUGCAGUUCACGGUUUUCCCUUGGAGUUCACGGUCUUAAUAGACCGUGAACUGCCAAACGCGUCCUUGAACUAGGGUGUUGCGCGUUUUAUGAAACUCGUUGUUUUUACCCCAGUUCACGGUCCGCGAGUUAUGUUCACGGUCUUAGCAACCGUGAAUUGGCAAACGCGUCUGGGAACCGAAGGGGGUCUGCCUAUAAAAGGGCCGUGAAUGCCCUAUCUUCAUUUCACGACCCAAUCUUGGCGGAAUCCUUUCAAAUUUGCCGGAAAAUCACGAUUUUAAGACGAACUUUGGCAUUUACACCUCCCUCCGCCCUCCCAAAUAAAAAACAAUUCACAUACCCAAUAUCCCCUCGUCAUGGGCGGCCCUCGCUGACAUUUUGGGGAGAUUUGGAGUCAAUUUUUUCCGGUGCAUUCACCGGCUCACCGCCGGUGAGCCUUUCACGAGUCUCCGAUGAGCUUCCGGAUAAGCUCCGACGACCUUUCUCCUGCCUGUUAUUGGGCAGAUUUUCGCUUCCCUCACUCUGCCCUCACUUCCCCUACGAUCCUACUUGAGUCUCCAGGUUUGUUUUCGACUUUACCUUUGUUAAUUAUGGAGAAUCGGAUUAGGGAGUGAAGUGAGGAGGACUUAGAGAAUUGAAUGUUCAACUUAGAAAUAGGGCGAGGGAUUAGUUGACUUGUGAUAAAUGAAUGUUGAAUGUGUUUGAAUGAGCUUAAUUGCGCCUUGGUGGGCAUAAUCUCGGACAAAUUGUUUUCAAAUGUGAAAUUUUCCCACCAAGUGCAAAAAUUAUGAAUCGAUGUGGAAUUUGUAUGUCUGAGUGGUGGAUGGUAGCCACCAUGUCAUGGUUUGGGUUAGAAUUUUUGUGUGGAUAAACCGUCAAAAACCUAGAACCAUGCCUCGGUGUGCUUGAACUUAAUUGUUCUAAAUGGCAUGGACCCGUAGUGGAAAUAUAAAUGUGGGGGGAAUUCCUUUUUCCUCCCAAUGAGUUGAGAUUGACAAUUGUUUCCACAUAUGGUGCAUGUUCGAAUGUCUUGCAGGAUGGUCAACAUGAGGCACCCGUACCUUUUGGUGCUAAGAGGGGGACCCCUUAAUGGAAAAAGAGCUGAGAUUUUGGGCAAGCGCCCACUCCGAAGACCACUAGAAGCUCGACUUCACUCAGUUUGAUGGUCUUCAUUGUGUAGAUAUUGUUAUAUCCCAACUAGCAUCGUUCUCUCGAGUACAGUGUUAAAUCGUUCAAGUGAUUGCUCUACCGUUCAAAUUUCAGGGACGAAAUUUUUAUAAGGGUGGAUGAAAUGUAACACCCCGAAUUUUGGGUUAUGGUUCGACCAUAGUACGUGAUCGGUUGGGUUGACAGUUGUGUACUAAAAGUUGCAAUCGCGGAUUAGUAAUAAUAAUAAGAUAAUUAUUAUUAUUAUUAUUAUUAUUAUUAUUAUAAAAAAAUACAAUCAGCCCUGGGGCCGAGAGGCCCCCUUCCCAAACCCUCGGCCUCUGCUUUUUUCCCCAAACCCCAGCAAUUAAUUCCCCAGCCAAACCCGACCGUUCCAAUUAAUUCCCCCCAACAAAUAAACCCCCGCCCCAAAUUCCUUUCCCAGUAGCCGCGAGCAAACCCCGCUUGUUAUUCUCCCAGAGGGCAAAAGAAAUCACCGCCGCCCAAUCCCCAGCCCCGCGCGGGUGAGAGAAAAAGAGAAGGAGUUGCACCCAAUCCCAAUCCUGAUCCCGAUCCCAUCCCUCUCGUGUUCUGGCGGUGACGUUGAGGGUUCGAUCAGAAGGAGAUCAACGUCCCAGGUCUUCCAACCUAGGCCUAGGCGUAUUCUAGAGGUAAGGGAACUCGAUCCCUUUGAGUUAGAUCGAUCGAUUUGGUGAUUUUUCGUGAUGGUGCAAUUCUGAGGUUUCAGCAAUAGACAUUCAGACCUGUA